AUGACGUCGAUUAAGGAGUUGACGGAGAUUGGAAAGGAUUUGGGUUAUAAAGAUACAGAGCUUCAGAGUUUUGUGAAGUCAGAACAAGCCCGAGAAAGAGAUGAACGAGAAGCAGAAAGAGAAAGGAAGAAAGCUGAGGCAGACGAGACAAUGCAAUUAGAGAAAAUUAGAAUAGGAACUGCCAUUGAACUGGAUAAGUUAGCAAAGGAACGAGACGACCGAGAGGAAGCACGUGCCGAAAGGGAACACAGAAGGAAAAUGGAGUUGCUUCAGGCGGGUUCUGCAGAAGGUACCAAUGUGACAGAUUACGUUCAACACCAACAUGAGUUUAGAGGUGCUAGGGGACCUAAGCUUCCAUCCUUUGAGGAAGGUAAGGACAAUAUCGACGCCUACAUAGAACGAUUUGUUCGGUACGCAUCAGCGCAACGAUGGCCGCAAGAGCAAUGGGGAGCUAAUCUAGGAGCUUUAUUGAAGGGAAGAGCUUUAGACGUUUUUACUCGUCUGUCAGUCGAGGAUUCUUUGAAUUUUUAUACUCUGAAGAAAGCACUCUUAAGGAGGUUUGAGAAAACUGAAGAGGGAUUUCGGAAAAGCUUCAGAUCAGAGAGACCAGAGCCUGGCGAAACCUUUUGUCAAUUUGCGAUAAGGUUAGACGGAUAUUUGCAGAAAUGGGUUGAGAUGACGAACACACCGAAGACAUAUGAUGAUCUGAAGGAUUUAAUGGUGAGGGAUCAGUUCCUGCACUGCUGUGGAAAGGAUCUCGCAUUAUUUCUCAGGGAGCGUGUUCCAAAGUCUAUGCAAGAGAUGGCGAGAUUUGCGGAUCAGUUUGCCGAGGCAAGAGGAACCAAGACAAAUGUGAUGAUGGCACGACCGGCGAGACCUGGUGACAAGCAACACAACGCUAACCCUUUGGACAUCAAGACCAAUGAUAAGAAAGGAAACUCUUUUGCGAAGGGUCCAGUAUGUUUUAAGUGCCUCCAACCAGGACACAAAUCUUUUGAAUGCCCAAACAAGAAGUCUGGAAACCGGGUAGCUGGAAUGACAAGAACUGUUGAGACGAAAGGCAACAUACAGACAACAGAGUCCAGAGCCGUGGUAAGUAAGGGACAGGCUUCUGUAACUGGGAAAGGAAGAGGAAAGCGCAAAAACCAAGGAUGGAAACCUAUGGAUAGCUCGUCGUGUGCUGUUGAUACAAACACUCCGGAGCUGAGUAAGUCUUGCAGCGCUGAUUUAUCUGUAGCUACGAGUAUGCCGGUAGUAAGAGGAUGUAUUGGAGAACACUUCGUGACUGUCUUGCGAGAUAGUGGUUGUAGUGGGGUUGUUGUGAGAAGGAGUUUGGUGAAUUCUACGCAAAUGACGGAAAAGAACCAGCUAUGUUCUUUAGCAGAUGGAUCCCGGAUACAAGUUCCGAUCGCUGAAGUGGAAGUUGAUACGCCAUAUCUUACGGGAGCAGUGAAUGCUUGGGUACUUGACACUCCUCUCUACGAUUUGAUAAUUGGCAAUGUGGAUGGGGCCAGACCACCUGAUCAGCCAGAUGGAAGCUGGAAACGGACCCAGGAGACUAUGCUAGCUGUGGAGACGAGGGCACAAUGUCAUCGAAGACAGCAAAGUUAUAAACCGUUGAAGGUGUCUCAUGUGUUAGACGUAGGGGACGUGGAUGACUUGAAGAAAGAGCAACAGGAUGAUGAGUCACUGAGCAAAGUUAGGAAGCUAGCUGAUGAUGGGAAUAUCGUAGAAAGGAACGACGGUGGUAAGUCAGAGGUGUACUAUCACAAAGGUCUACUGUACAGGAAAUUCCACAGCCCUAAGGUCUCAAAUGGCAAGACAUUUCGUCAGUUGGUGGUACCUCGCAAGUUCCGUCAGGCUGUACUAAAACUAGCGCAUGAUUCGAUCAUGGCAGGACAUCAAGGAGCGAAGCGGACUACUAACCGUGUCUUGACAGAGUUCUUUUGGCCGGGAUUGCAAUCGGAUGUCGUUCGUUACUGCAGGUCAUGUGAUGUGUGCCAGAGAACGGUACCAAAAGGGAGGAUUACCAAAGCGCCGUUAGGUUCGAUGCCUUUGAUCGAUACCCCAUUUAAGAGGAUAGCUGUAGACUUGGUUGGACCGUUGCAACCCGCAACAGACAGAGGGAAUCGCUACAUCCUCACCGUUGUGGACUACGCAACACGUUAUCCAGAAGCGGUAGCUCUCAGAGGGAUAGAAACGGAGAGAGUGGCAGAAGCCUUGGUCGACAUCUUUAGCAGAGUUGGUGUACCAUCGGAGAUGCUAACCGAUCAAGGAGCGCAAUUCACUUCCCAGAUGAUGAGGGAGGUCAGCCGUCUUUUGUCCAUUCGUCGCCUGACUACGACCCCAUAUCACCCCAUGUGCAACGGGCUCGUAGAAAGAUUCAACGGAACACUCAAACAGAUGUUACGUCGUAUGUGUUCCGAGAGGCCAAAAGAUUGGGACAAGUAUUUGAACGCCUUGCUUUUCGCCUACAGGGAAGUUCCCCAAGAGAGUUUAGGGUUCUCACCGUUUGAGCUGCUAUAUGGGAGAACGAUAAGAGGUCCGAUCAUGAUUUUGAAAGAACUAUGGACGAAGGAAGUACCAGAUGACGAAGUUAAAACAACUUAUCAGUAUGUGAUGGACCUUCGUGAGAGAUUAGAUGAGACCUGUGAACUGGCAAAAGAACAGCUGAGAACAGCGAAGAUCAGCCAACGGAAGUACUAUAACAGAAAGGCCAAGGAUCGACAGCUUGAUGUCGACGACAAAGUACUUAUACUACUUCCAACGAAAACCAACAAACUGCUGAUGCAGUGGAGGGGUCCGUACAGUGUGACGGCGAAAAAGGGUCCAAUGGACUAUGAAGUAGACAUGGUAGGCAAGAAGAAGACAUUUCAUGUCAAUAUGCUGAAGAAGUACUUCAAGAAAGAUGUGGAAGGAGCGGGAAGUAUUGGAGGAGUCUUAUGCUGUGUAACCGCAGCUGUAGUGCAUGAGGAUGAGUUGGAACCAGAAUGUCAUCGAGAGUUGGAAUCAUUUCCAGUGCGAGCAGGGAAAGAAGGAAUGGAAGAUGUCAAUGUUUCUGAGCAUCUCGCCACUGAACAGAGGAAUGAUGUGGAUACGCUUCUAUCGAACUUUAAGGAUGUUUUGACGGAUAAACCUGGGAGAACCAACCUAGCAAGUCAUGACAUUUUCACAACGACAGAUGAUCCUGUGAGAGUUAGGCCAUACCCACUUCCUUUUCACACGAAGAGCAUAAUCAAGGAAGAAGUGGAAAGUAUGCUUGAGAUGGAUGUUAUAGAACCAUCCACAUCACCAUAUUCUGCACCAGUCGUUAUGGUCAAGAAGAAGGAUGGUAGUAAUAGGUUCUGUAUAGAUUUCAGGAGCUUGAAUAAGGUAACGGUCUUCGAUGCAGAACCUAUGCCCAACACCGAGGAAAUUUUCGCCAGACUUGCGGGAUGUUUCUAUUUUUCGAAGCUUGACCUUACAAAGGGGUAUUGGCAAGUGCCAAUGACGGACAGAGCAAAGGAGAUGACUGCUUUUUCUACUCCUCAAGGACUAUUCCAGUUUAAGGUCAUGCCUUUUGGUUUAGUCAAUGCACCUGCAACGUUCAGCAGAUUGAUGAGGAAGCUGCUGAUGGGCAUAGCAAACGUUGAGAACUUCAUCGACGACAUCUUGAUGUAUACAAAGACCUGGACAGAACAUCUGAUUUGUGUUGUGUUGUGUAUAUAA